CCCGGGACAACCUGCUCUUUGACCCGGGUCCAGCUUGCUCUCUGACCCGGGUCCACCCCCCUCCAUCAGUGAUCCGAGUAAAGAUGGCGACCCGAAUCCUUCAGAGAGUCGGCUGCGGCCUCACUCGGACCAGACACGGGCUCCAUGCGGGCGGACGCGCCGCUGUGGCAGCGAGGAGCUUUACAGUUCUGCGUGAGGACAGCUGGUUCAAGUCUCUGUUCGUGAGAAAGGUCGACCCCAGAAAAGACGCUCACUCUCAUCUGCUCGCCAAGAAAGAAGACAACAAUCUGUACAAAAUCCAGUUUCACAAUGUCAAGCCUGAAUGCCUUGAUGAUUACAAUGAACUUUGUGAGGACGUCUUGCCUUCUAUUCACGCUAACCCUGAAUACCCCUGUGAGUUGGUGGGCACCUGGAACACAUGGUAUGGAGAGCAGGAUCAGGCAGUUCACCUGUGGAGAUAUCGGGGAGGAUACCCGGCUCUCACCGAAGUCAUGAACAAACUCAGGCAGAAUAAGGACUUUACUCACUACAGGACAGAGAGGGGGAAGAUGCUGCUGUCUCGUAGGAACCAGUUGCUGCUGGAGUUCAGUUUCUGGAACGAACCUGUGCCUCGUUCAGGGCCCAACAUCUACGAGCUCAGAUCGUACCAACUCAGGCCUGGAACGAUGAUUGAGUGGGGAAACUACUGGGCGCGAGCUAUUGACAUCCGCCAGCAGAACCACGAGGCUGUGGGCGGCUUCUUCUCUCAGAUAGGAAGUCUGUACACGGUUCAUCACUUAUGGGCUUACAAAGACCUCCAGUCCAGAGAAGAAACCAGAAACUUAGCGUGGCAGCGUGAAGGCUGGGACGAGGUUGUUUAUUACACAGUCCCUCUUAUUCAGCACAUGGAGUCCAGGAUUAUGAUUCCCAUGAAGACUUCACCCUUGAAGUAACCAGACUCACAGAGAAAACCUCUCAGCAGCCACCACGACUACCACCCACAGAUCUGUAGAGAGCGUAUCCAGCCGUCGGAGCGUGCACUGCCAGGGAUGUGCAUGUAACAUCAACACGUUGUUUCAGUUUUUGUUUCCUUUCUUUCUGUGCUCCUCUUUUCCUGCGUGGGCCUAGAAUGUCUGAUUUUGAUGAUGCGCUUGAAUUGAUUUAUCAUCUAAAACUGUUUGUUACUGAAGUUACUGGGUUACUGAUCAUUUAAUGCAUCAUUUCAUUUAAUGUUUCUAAUCUGACACGCUCCUCCAUCUCAAAGUCUCCAUUAUAUAAUUUAUUGUCUUAUUUGUGUUUUUUUCUUUUACGAUGAUCCCAAAAAAAUACUCACCAGUGUUUGAGUGUUGAGAUACAGGGAAGAGAAGUGACUCAAUCGGUUUAGCAGUUGUAAUGCUGGUCAUCUUCAUAAAUACAUGUUUCACAAAAUGUAUACGUAGCCUGACUUGGUACAAGCCCUGUUGCACUUCAGAUAAAAUCAAACUGCCUCCGGUACUUCACCGUCAAUAUUAACGGGAUGAGUCUAGUUAAAAGUUACAGAUGUUCAGUUUAACAAACAGGAGUGUGUUGUUUACAAAUCAGUGUUGUAUGAUUAGUAACACUGAUUGUUACAGUUAGUGUGUUACACAACUGAUUACUGUGUGCGCCAGUGCUUUGUUUUCUUUUUCUAGUGUCCAGAUUUUGAGGUUAUGUUGUGCAGAACCAGGAGACAUUUUCUCAGUUUGUGCCUCCUCUGUUAAACCGACCACAUCUCCAACGUCAACAUCAAGCCACCCUGUGACUUACCGCUGUGGCGAGGGUGGAAAACGUGAUUUAUUAAAAUGAUUCGAAAAUGUGUUUUGGAUUUCACCAGAACUGAUCAGUCUCCACAGUUCAAACUUCCGUUCACUGGCUAGUUUGGCCUUUCCCUAUAUCAAGCAACGAAUUAAUGCCAAGCGGGUGAUUGUUUGCUGAGGUUCAUGGUUUUUGUUUAAUGGUCAGAUUGUAGAUAUACAUAGUGGGCUUAUGAACCAAGCCAGAGAUAUUGUUGAUCCUGUAUAAAUGAGGUGGGGUGUUCGUAUGUUGACAAACUCAAGGACAGGAGUAAUAUCUCAGUGUGGUGAAAGUGAAAUGCAGUGCUCGUUAAGAUUAGUUGUACAUAUUGAAUUAAAGUUCUGAUGAAAAUCUAAAA